AACUCACUUCCUAACUUCAACAGGGCCACCGCAACUAGAUUCAUGAGUUCUGAGUCUGCUCAGCGGGUCUUCCAACUCAGACUCGAUCCACUCACCGGGAACUCGGAGUGGGUCGUCAUCGACGAGAACGAGGAAGGUCCGGAAAGUUUCAAGGAGCCUCUUCUAGCUACGACGUCGUAUCUCGACAUGCUCAAUGACUCGUCCCGGAACAGAGCCUACCGGUUGGCCAUCGAGAAGACUGUAACAAAACCUUGCCACGUUCUUGAUAUUGGGUGAUUCCAUUGUAAUUCAAUUCAGUUAUGCUUCUUGCUCUUUUUUUUUCUUUUUGUUU